AUAAGAGAAAAAGGGAACAUUCUUGAAGCAUCAGUCAGCCUCAACACACCUCAGAGGACGGAUAAACAAGUGUAGGAGGGCGGACAGUUAUAAAAAGGAAAAGUUUUUGGGAGGCAGACAUUAAUUUGGGCUCAUCUGUUUCCAGAGGUUCUUUUGUCAUCAGAACACACAAGGUGACUAUGGAAUGGACAGCUUAAGUAGAAAAGGUUAUUUGGACGGAGGGGAAGUCACUGGGAGAACCUAUACGGAAACAGCAACAUCUUCAUCAAGACUCCUAUCUCUACCACCAAAGGGAGGGAACUCUAGCAGUUCGAAGCUUUCUUACCAGGCGGGAGGGGGCGGUGGUGCGGAAAAGAAGAACCUGGUACAAAGCGGAAGUAGUUACGUCACACAAACCACAGGUGGCAGCUCGAGAGUCAAUCUUAGCACUUCUGGGUCACGAUUCGCACAGUCCCCAACUUCUACCCUAUCAGUCUCACCAAACUCCACCUUUGAUAGGAAGGCCUACAAUUCCAGCUCUCGCCAAGCGGGGUAUGAAGGAAGUUCUAGUGGGAACUCAUCACCGGAAUACACCAGAAAAGAAAUGGCAUCCUCUUCAACUAGAGGUCGUACUCAGAGCAGAGAGACUGAAAUCCGCACUCGUCUCCAAAGUGCAUCACCCUCCACAAGAUGGACAGAACUUGAUGAUGUAAAGAAACUAGUGAAAGGUGGUCGCUCCACCAGCGUCAGCCCCACCAGGUCACCAACUAAUACCCUUCCCAUUCCCAAAAAAGCAACAGUGGAGACAAAGAUGAUAACUGAGAGCUCCCAGUCAGUUUCAGGGUCGUAUGACACAACCAUAAUGGAAUCGGCUCUGCCAUCCUUCAUGUGGACCUCCACACUUCCUGCAGGAUCCUCCAUGGCUGGCUAUCACAACAAUAUGGCCAACAUGGGUUAUGGGUCUUCUAUGAUGAAUGCCAAUUCCUCAGGAUCAGUAUUUGGAGUCCCAAACAACCUGGCCCCCAGCUCUCCUACCCUACAUUCAGGGAUGCAUUCCUCCUCUGCCGUAUUUGGUGUGCAAAACAAUUUGGCCCCCUUAUCCUCCCAAUUCACUGCAUCAGCUGCAGCCCCUGUUGGCAAUAUCUCAGGACAAGCCGUAAACACCUCAGGUCUUUCAGGGUAUGGAGUACAGAAGAAUGUCACACAUAACACCCAAAGCUCAGGUGCAACAAUCAGUGGUGGCACCACCUCUACAACUGUUACCACCUCUAAAACCCAAGGUGAUGACCUCCUCAGCAAAGAAUACAAGUUUCUUCUGCUGGAGAAAGAAAAGGCCCCAGCUAAGAAGGAAGGAGACAUGCUGAUCAUGUCUAAGGACAGUGGCAAGGUCUUCACAGCCACCUCUGGUGGCAGCUCAGGUUUAUAUGGUGAAGACACUCUAAAGAAAGAAAAACUAUUAACAACAAGUAUGGAAACCUCAUAUAAAUCAGAAGCCAAUGGUGGUUUGAAGGCAACAAAAGAUAAAACCACAUAUGCAGAAAUACAUCGAGUCGAUGGCUUGAAGGCUGGAUCUGAUUAUUAUGGGGAAAGUACGGAAAGUGGUACUGACAGCGUCUGUGGACCAUGUGCUUCUUGCUGUAAAUGGUGGAUGUGGGCACUUGGUCUGAUCUUGGGUCUACUUUUCCUUCUGGGAUUGCUCUUCGGACUCCUCUCUCUGUGGCAGGACGUGAAGAAUUUGAAAGAACGUGUGGACAACCUACAUGCACAGUCAAGUAUUGGUCGCUUGCAGGCAAACCCUGCAUUACUCGGCAGUCCCGAUAUGAAUUUUGGCAGCUUUUCCGACUCUUCAGGCAGUGACCAAAGAGAGGCCUUAUGGCUAUACAUCAGAGAAAAGAUGUCAUCAGAAAGAGGAACAUUUGUUGGUCAGAGAGGUGAACCUGGACCAAAAGGUGACACAGGAAUACAAGGAGAGAAAGGUGACAGAGGAUACUCAGGUCCCCAAGGAACGCCCGGUCUUAUUGGUCAUCCAGGAGCAGACGGACCUAAAGGACAGAAAGGAAGUGCAGGUGAUCCUGGUAUCGAAGGUCAACAUGGGCAAAGAGGAAGAGAUGGCACACCUGGACCUCGUGGAGAACCUGGUCCUCCUGGAUUUGGAGAAAAGGGUGACAGAGGCAUGCAAGGAGAACCAGGGUUGCCAGGAUCUGCAGGCAUUCCAGGACAAAUGGGACUUAAAGGUACAAUGGGUUCUCCAGGUUCUCAGGGUCUACCAGGAACUCCUGGUCAGCAAGGUUUUAGAGGAGAAGCUGGAGCACCAGGGCCUAAAGGUGACAAAGGAUCGAUUGGUCCACCAGGAACUAAAGGUGACACCGGUGACAAGGGAGCUCGAGGACUUACAGGAGACCCAGGACCAAGAGGAUUAUCAGGACCCACUGGAGAGCCAGGAGCUAAAGGAUCAGCAGGACCUCCUGGGCCAGAUGGACUUCAAGGUCAACGAGGUGAACAAGGUUCUACUGGACAACCAGGACAAAGAGGUCCACCAGGACCAUCAGGAGACACAGGUCUGCCAGGACUACCCGGAGCCCAAGGCCCACCAGGACCUCCCGGCAACCCAGGACGAGGAGGAGCUAAAGGUGAUGCUGGCGAUCCUGGAAGAGUCAGUACAGAUGGUAGUUCCUAUUAUGUCCCUGGACCACCAGGACCAUCAGGACCUGUGGGACCACCAGGUUCACCAGGAGUUCCAGGUCCCGUGGGUCCAUCUGGUCUACCAGGAGCACCAGGUGCCAAAGGAGCCAGAGGAGAGCCUGGAGAGUCUGCAGUUUCAUAUACAAGGGCAGAAAAUGCAUAUGCAGCACAGCAAGGGUCAGGACCCCCUGGACCACCAGGACCACCAGGACCCCCAGGAGCCUCAAUUCAAGGUCCACCAGGACAAGCAGGUGCUCAAGGUCCUCCUGGUCCUCAAGGUCCUCCUGGUCUUCAAGGUGCAGUAGGUCCAGCAGGUGAAGGUAGACAAGGACCCCCAGGCCCACCAGGGCAGGCAGUAUUUUCAUCGGCAUCAGAAACAGGUGCUGGUCUUUAUGGACUACCUGGUCCACCAGGACCGAAAGGAGACCCAGGUCAAAGAGGUUUUCCAGGUCAACCAGGACAACCAGGUGAUCCAGGUCAACCAGGAAUUCCAGGAUCGCCAGGCCGUGAUGGAGCUUCAACUGUUGGACUAGCUGGACCUCCAGGAAAUCCAGGAUCACCAGGGUUACCAGGACCACCAGGUGAAGCUGGAGUCCCAGGUGCUCCCGGUAUACCAGGAAGUUCUAGAGGCUCAACUGGUGCAAGACCUGGCCAAGGGUCACCUGGUCUACCUGGCCCACCUGGUCCUCCUGGACCUCCCGGCCUCCCUGGGCCUUCCAGUGAUGGUGGUGGUGCAGCAGAAAUUCAACAAUAUAUUGGACAAUAUCUUCAAAGUGAAAAUGUCAGAAAUUACUUGAUUGGACCUCAGGGACCACCAGGGCCACCAGGUGGACAAGAACUGGACUAUGCAGAAUUGGCCAGCCGGGUUAUGAGCUACAUAAGAGGUUCAGGAUUUACGAGAUCCGAUGGCAUAGGAACAAUCUCAGGUCCUGCCGUUACAUAUGAAGAAAUCUUAUCCAUGUUGCAGAACUCUGGGCUGACAAUCGGCCUUCCAGGACCCCCUGGUCCACCAGGACUACCAGGAUCUGCAUAUGGUGACAUAGCAGCUUUACUUCAAACAUCUGAAUUCAGAGGAGUUGUUGGCCCACCUGGACCACCAGGCCAACCCGGACGUCCAGGCCACCCUGGUUCCCCAGGACCCAUGGGACCUCCCGGACCUUCAAGCAGUAGUCUGACAAGCUUCGGUAGUGAAGACAUUGCCACCUACCUGCAAAGUACCGGAUUCAUGGUAGGCCCUCCAGGCCCACCAGGCCCACCAGGACCACAAGGGCCAGCAGGCUAUGGAGGCGGCCUGGCAUCUUAUGCUGAUGACAUGAGGAGUGAUCAGUUAAAGAGUGAGCUUAUAGAGUACCUGACAAGUGACAAUAUUCGUAGAUACAUCUCUGGACCACCAGGACCCCCUGGCCCUCCUGGUCCUCAAGGCCUAAGAGGUUCUAAAGGGGACAGUGGUGUGAUGUCUAUCAUAUCAUCAGGAUUAUCAUCAGGAUCAUCAUCAGGAUUAUCAUCAGGAUCAUCAUCAGGAUCAUCAUUAGGAUCAUCAUCAGGAUCAUCAUUAGGAUCAUCAUCAGGAUCAUCAUCAGGAUCAUCAUACUCUUCAUUAUCCUCAUCGUCAUUCUCAUUAGAUUAUGAUGAAGUUGUAUCUCGUGUGGCCGAACAUAUUCAGAACCAACGUCUCCUUGAAGAUACUGCAUAUGGAUUUCAGAGAUCUGUUAUAACUGGUCCUCAAGGGCCUCCAGGACCACCAGGACCACCCGGAAUCUGUCAAGUAUAUGCAACCCAUGCAAACAUCACCACUGAUCUCAUGGAAGUUUUCAGAGUUCACGGGACCAUUGCUGGAGCACCUGGUUUACCAGGGCAGAAGGGAGAUAGAGGAUUCCCUGGUGUCAAAGGUGACAGAGGAGCGCCGGGCUAUGUUGGACCACAAGGACCCAGGGGUCCAAAAGGAGAGAAAGGAGAACAAUUUAUUCUUGGAAAACGGAAAAGAAGAAGCCUGGGUGUCUGAUAAGAUCAUCUUAUUGCCGUUGACUCAUCAGCCCAUGUUGCUCGAUACAUUGAGAACUAUUUGCCGAAGCUAAUUGACCAUCAUCCCUUCUCUCCUGCACUGGAUUUCCAAAAAUACUACCAGAAUUGGGCACCUCUCUAUCAAGUAACUUGUCUCAGUAAUUUCCCACAUCACAGCUUCCAUUAAUCAGAAGUCUCUCGUGAAUCCGGAGGAAAAGGUCUUAUUGGUGUCACCUGUUGAAAUGAUCUUUCAAUUGCCUAUGCCAUAAAAACAUCUACUGGGCAUGAAAUUAUUUUUGUAACCGAUGACAUGCUGUAAAUAAUAUUACACGUACGAAUAGAGUGGGGAGGGGGGAGGGGCAAAACUACAGGGACCAGUGUAAUAGCAAAAGUAUCUGUCUUUGCAUUAGGAUUUUUGGAGGCCACAGAGAAAGUUUAUGACACCUUCACAGAUCAAGACUGGAAAUCCAAAACUCUAAGAUCUUUGGAUUUCCUGUAACUAAAAUUUUACUGAGUGGAGAAAUUGGACCAAAUUUGUGUAUAAUUAAUGACUCUGGCCCAUCACGCGAUCAAUCGACUCAUAUCUAGCAUUUUAUUUAUCUCUCGCCUUCUAUACAUUAGUCAUCAUUGUUUUUUUUAUUAGACCUUUUUAAGACAUUUUAUGAUAUUUUUUUUAUUUCCUGUUUUUUCUAUCAAGUACUUUAGGAAAGAAUGUGGCGGUGCGCGCAGGCUAACCGUUUUGUAUUUAUUGAUGCUAUAGGGAUGAUUGUUAAGCAACUGCUGUUACAUUGAGAGAAUUUAUGUUCUUUAUGAAACAAGGAGAUUUCUAUCCUCCAAAUUCAUGGCUAACCAUAUAUUUGCAACCUUUAAAGAAUAUAAUAUGACCUUCGUCAGUGCAGGUGAAAAAAGUGGUGGCCCACAGUAGCCAAUUAGAUUGCAGCUUGAUUUAUCCAAUGCAGGGUAGCACUUAAGAGCAGCAAUCUGAUUGGUUGCCAAUGCAAGUGAUAUACAGGAAGCACACUCAGUCCUGGGCCUUAUGCACCAAACCAAAAUUUCCAGCCAAUCUCAGAGGAUAACAUUUUUGUAUAGACCCUAAAAAGAGUGCAGCUUUUAUCCAUUAUUUUGCCCUAAAACAUGGAUGAAGAUUGGUUGCUAUAGACGGCAUGUCCAGUUUUGUUUGGUUUUAUACAAGAGGCUCAACGUACUCUUACAUUACUGCCUAUAUGUCGCGUUCCAUUCCAAGUAAUGAAAUAAAAUGGUGUAGAUCAUUUUGUCUGACUGGUUAAUAUAGAAGAAAUGACGCCAUGUUUACAGAAAUAGGACCGCGAGGUAGCCCUCAUUUUCCUGCGCUGCGCUUUAAAUACUAAUACUGUAUCAUGUUAUUCGAAUAGAUGAUGACACAUAUAGUUUGAGUUAUUGCCUGGUUCUUCAUAUGAAAGAUCGGGACACGUGGUUUGUCUAGUAACAUCCAUUGAUUUGCCCAGGGUAAUUCCACCAAAGGGUAUGGAAACAUUCAGGACAAUUUUUUUAUGAUUGCAUUUUACUCAUUUUUGGCUAAAAUAUAUAUCUUUUCAAUUGGUCUUUAUUAAAAAUGCUCAGCCGUUUUUGAGAUACAUGGGGUUAAAAAUCAGUCUGUUUGAACAUUAUCACUUCUCAGUGAAGCCUUAUCUCUGUUCUCCUGACUUCAUAAACACUCAUUUAAGCCAUAGUCUUUUUAGAGAUUAGCUAUAAUGAGUGUUUUUAAUCCCUGUAUCUCAAUAACAGCAAUUAUUUUUUUUAUGAAGACCAAUUGAAAAUAUGAUUUUUAGCUAAAAAUAAGUAAAAUGCAAUCAUAAAAAAUUGCCGUGAAGGUGUCCAUUAAGACCAGUUUCAGUGCAGUCCAUUAAAUGGCCACACUUUCAGGACCACACACUCCUUGGCUGACCCAUUCUCACUGCAUCGUAGUGAUCUGUUAUGAUGUGACUUCUAGCCUGACACAUGUCUACUGUCCUGUACGGACAGCACCUUUUGAGUACAGGGUAUCAGACUGGAAAUCAUAUAGGUCACUAUGAUGCAGUGAGUUUGGGUUAGCAGAGCUGCUGUUGGUUCGGUCACGUGGACCACACCGUAGCCAUCUGAAACCAGCCUUAGUCACACUCCUUUGGAUGGCAAGUGUUACAUGACCGAUAUAGACUUUGAACAUUUUCUUCUUCUGAGGUUCUACACCAUGCAUACGAUCCGCUGUAACCAUGACGUGGUUGGUUGAUGUGACUUUGGAUGCUGUGUCAGCAGGUGUCUGAAGUCUUCAUACACAAGCCCUGCAGGCAGCCAUAUAAUGCUACCUCCCAGCUGAGUAAUCCAGAGAGCAUUAGAAGGGUUGUCCAGAGGUGAAAAAACGUGUCUCCUCUCCUUCAAAAAGGUCCCCACUUAUCCAAAGGCUGCGUGAUAUUCUAAUAUCUCAUAUUAUAUCUCAUACUUAUAAUAGCUCAGUCCCAUGCAAUUCAAUGAGGCAAACUGCAAUACCAGACACAAGCCAUGGACAGAAUUGUGGAAAAAGCAGCCAUGUUUUUUUAAACCAAGACAAUGCCAUGGGUGUCCGGUCACAACUUGCAGAAACUUACCUUGUAAAUUGUAAUUUAAUACUUUAAUUUCGAGAUUGCUCAGUUAAGAGUGGAUACCGGUGAGAAAACGCACCCCUGAAUGACCGCAGUACUCAUCCUCAGUCUGAUGCUUACUUUAUGUGAAGUAUGUAAUGACAGCAGACACAUGUGCACUUUGUGUAAAACUAAAUAAAUACUUUUUUUAAAUUA